AUGAGAAGAAAGUUCAAGAAGACAUCUCUUGAAACAGCUGACCUUGCAACUGUGCAAAUGAAAACAUUAUCUGUGUUAUUAUAUAUUGCGAUGUACAUUAGCAGUACACGUUUAAUAAUUACGGCACAGCAACGUAAAGCAUUUGUAAAUCCCCAAAGUGACUGUCGCGUUCAAUGUCUCAAUGGCGGAUAUUGCGCCUAUUUAGUGGAUAAUCCUACAAUUCAUACGUGUCUUUGCUUAUUAAACGUAUUUUACGGUGAUCGAUGUGAAUAUGCAGUUGCCGAAGGGAUAACGUCAACUCCAAAUAUAAACGAACGUUCCACGUCAACAAAUUUCGCAUUUCGGGGAGCAGAAGUGAGUAGUCAACACGGCAAAUUACAGAAUUUUAAAAACGGAAGAUUCAUUGAUGAUUCAACGACCACGUAUGACAAUAUUGCACCGACAAAAUAUACAGAAAUGUAUCAAAUGCAAGAAACUAGUAAAGUUUAA